AUGUUUGCUGUACCUACACCUGUUGAGAUGUAUAUGGAUAGUCAUCUUGCUUCACAGCAAUAUCCACAUGGACAUUAUCUUCCUCCAUCACAAGACUCGGAAAAACGGACAAUUUUUGGAGGAAAAACACAGAGUCAAUUGCUUUCAGCUAUUCAAUUUGCUGCAAAAAACCAUCCACAAGGAUAUCUUUUUCCUCCGUGUAAUUUAAUUUAA